GAAACAUAGUUCUAUGUAAUUUGAUCAAAUUUAAAAAUGCAUCUACGAAAAUUAACCAUCAAAAUUUUAAUAGCUUAAUUUUGACGGUCUAACAAAACAGUUGACUUCUCAUCAUGACCGACUCAAAGCAGAAAUCACUGAGAAUUAGGGUAAUCACUUUACUUUUAAUCAUGACUAUGACCUUAUAUCUUGCUGUUGAGUUGAAUCUGUUUUUCUCUGAUCAGUAUGUGUUUUACAGCGCUGUCACUGAACAAGGUCUCCCCUACUAUACAAAGAAGGAAAGACUACGAUAUAAAAAUAUAUCCGAUGUGGAUAAGCAUAAACUGAAGUUGGCUCAGAAAAAGGCUUCAACUCUUGAAGCAGCUUCAAAUGCAGUUCGUAUAACACUCGGAUUGAUUACCACUUUAAUAGUGGGUUAUUUGUCUGAUCGAUAUGGUCGUCGAGUAGCACUUGGAAUUUUAAUAUUCGGUGAACUCUUACAUAUCGGUUUAACUAUGUCAGCUUUGGCGGAUCUGCAGUAUGUUGCCAUUUAUUUAAUGGGUCCUCCAUUCUUGUGGAGUCCAGAAACAGUCGGACUAUAUUCUGGUGUAACUGAUGUGACAGCAGCAUUAAUCUCAGUUAUCUGUACUGUUGUGAUAAUUAAAUUCGAUGAAAAAAGAAAGUCUGCAGCUCGCACAAAACAAAAUCUCAGUCAAGAAAAGCUGCACAUGCGUCAAAUGAAUUUACUUAUUACAGUUUUCGCUAUAUCAAUAAUAAUGUUGAUAGUGAAUCGUUCAUUAACUGGAAUUGCCUAUCGAUUUCAAUUACCAACUGCGAAUAUUUUGAUUUAUAUAGCCGCUAUUCCAAGACUGAUGAGGAGCUUUUUUGUUCCGAUACUCCGAACAAUGCUUUCCAUUAGCAUCCGUCAAGAUAUACAAGGUAUUAUGCAAUCGGUUGCUGCAUUUGUUUCUCGAAUCGGUCUUCUUAUAAGUUUGACGGCUCUUCCUGCUGUGUAUGCUGCAACUGUAUUAACAUUCCCAGGAACAGUAUUCAUCAUUGUUGUAAUCAUACUAGUAACAACACUCAUACUUGACUUGUUAAUACCGUUGGUGAUGAGAAAACAAAGUGCCAAACGGAAAAAUGCUGAAUUAAACAGUCUUCAUAGUGUCAGAAAUGCAGAAGCGGGAGAACAAGUUGAGAAAUCAGAUAAUAUUACCAACUAUUUUGGAGACACGUUUUAGUGAAUACGUCAAUUGUCGAUUAAGUGCACCAACCUUUUUCAUAUAAUUCAAAAAAACUACCAGAAAAUUACGCCAAGUAUUAUUUCGAAGAAAAUUUCACAAUGUUAAAUCAUACAAAGAUAUAAUAUGAUGGUAACAAGAUUUUUUUGAUUUUUUCUUUUUAGAAGUGAUGAAAUGCUUGAUGUCAUAAAUAUGAUUUGUUGUGCUGAUAUUUUUAAGAAUCUGUCAAAUAGUUAGUAUUUUCGUUACUAUUUUGUGUAAUCGUUAUAUUGAUUCUGUCACAUGACAGUGUGCAGCCACGAUUUUAGCAGAACAAUAAUUGCAGGUUCUCUCACUAAUAAAACUUUCGAUGUUGCAA